GUUGAUUCACAGAGUGGAAGGGACAUUGAGCAUAUUCUAUAAAAGCCACCUAUGAAUUCCUAAACUCGUCAUUUUUUUGUACGUCUCUAUAAGUUCAUAAAGAUGAAGAUUUUACGGAUAGUCUUUUUGCUCAUUACAUUCCUGGCAGUGGGAUAUGCUUCUGUUAAACCACUAAUUUUUGAGGGAGAAGAAGUAAACAGCUUGCAAGAACAUACUAGGCAGAAGCGUGGAUUGCUUUUAGCUAAAGCAGGGCUUUUGGGAGGAGCAUUACUUGCAAAAAAAGCUCUUAUUUUAGGCACUGGAGCUGGUCUUAUUGGCGGUGGCCUUGCAGGUGCUACAGUCUAUAAACUCAAAUCGCACGCUCCUAACGGUUAUUAUGGAGGAUACGGAUAUCCUGGUGGAUACAGUGGAAAUUAUGUAGUCCCCCAAAGAGGAUACGGAUACCAGAGUGGAAGCGAAGCAAAUUUGUAUCCUUCAUAUCCUUCCUAUCCUCCGAAUAAUUACGGCCCACCUUAUUAUACCAAAGGAUCUAAUGGGUUGUGUUAGUGCAUCACAUCCAUAGAAUGUUGCUGCCAAUUGGACUUUAAUGAAGUUUACAAGUCAAUUAGAUGAAAUUUUAAUUAACUCUUUUUAGUUUAUAAUUAUUUUAUAAAAUAUGUUUUAAACAUUUUUUUAAUUAAUGUACCAUCAAUAAAAACAAAAUCCAUGAUUUU